AUGGCGAAGGAAUUGCUGAGCCUUGACAAUGGAACAACUUGCUCAUCAUGGAACUACUCUGGCACGAGACUCGCUACUGGUUCCACCGAUGGAACACUUUCGAUCUUCGAUUUCCGUGAUCCAGCUUCUUCUUCUAACUCGCUUCGCUUUACUUUCAAAACUAAGGUUCAUGAAGGAAACAUUGCGAAGAUAGUUUGGGUUCCGCCAGAGUAUGGUGAUGCAGUUGCGUGUGUUUCCGCCGAUGGAAUUGUUUCAUUGUUGGAAGAGAUUGUUGAAGAUUCACAGCCUCUUCAGUGGAAGAUUCGUAAAACCUUCGGAAGCAGCGAGAGCAAAGUCCUGGAUGUACAAUUUGGAAUCUCCUUUACUCGAUUAAAAAUGGUUGCUGCAUAUUCAGACGGUCAUGUGAGAGUUUUCGAGCUUUUGGAUCCCUUGGAACUGACAAACUGGCAGCUUCAGGCUGAAUUUCAAAAUGUUGUUGAAUCAGUGUCUUCAUUUGGAAAGGCUCUGUGCAUCUCUGCGUCUAUAUCUUUGAACCCACAAAAGUGUGGUAGCGAGGAAUUCAGCUUCCUUGUAAGUUUUAAUUCAGAUACACCAGAGCUCAAUUCUUCCAAGGUAUGGGAGUUUGACCAGGCUCAUCGAAGAUGGCUUCCUGUGGCAGAAUUAGCACUGCCUGAGGACAAGGGUGAUCGGGUUUAUGCCGUCGCAUGGGCACCAAAUGUUGGCAGACUAUAUGAGGUCAUCGCCGUCGCAACUCACAAGGGACUUGCAAUAUGGCAUCUAGGAUUGAGUCCUGAUCAUAACGGGAGACUUGCGGUAGAUAAAGUUGCACUAUUGUCUGGUCACGAAGGCAUGGUGUGGCAAAUGGAGUGGGAUAUGAGUGGAAUGACGUUGGCUACUACAGGUGACGAUGGAAUGGUCCGAUUAUGGCAGUCUAAUCUCAACGGCAUUUGGCAUCAACAAGCUGCAUUCGAACCUACUUCUUAG